AGGUCGAAAUAUUGCAUUGAAGCAGAGUGCUACACAAAGCUCCACAUAUACAUUAGAAGGACUUAGACUAAGUCAAGCAUCCAAUGCAGUUGAUGGCAACACAAGCGGUAAUAUUCGAAUGAACACAUGCACUCAUACUGCUGGAGUUGGCGAUUCGCCUCCGAACUGGACUGUAACAUUUCGUGAGAACCACGCAGUCAACAGAAUUGUUCUAUACAAUAGAUUUGACAGUGCAGGUAGGUUUUGUUAAACAUCUUUGUUUAAAUAAAAGUAUUUUGAAAUCAUGACCUACUUAAAUUUGGCUAACUCAAAAUAGAUCCAGAACAAAGUAAUUGGGUCAAAAAGUCACUGAAUGUAAUUUCCCAUAAAAGGUAUGCAACUCUAGUUUUCACGAGGUGAAGGAUAAGAGGGGGAGCAAUGAAGCCUGGGGCGAUGUCCAGACGAACAGAUGGAUGAAGGAAAUGUACCCGUAGCUUAAAUACAUUGUAUGAAAGUGCAAAAGCUGUUUAUCAUUAAGACACGUUUGAUCAAUAAUGUAAGCAUCAAUUUUGAGUUCUAUUGAUAUGUACCUCUUAUAAAACGGUUGAUAAUUUUCUUUUUUUAAUUUUUGUUUUUUUACAAGUUCCAAUGGCUUUUUUUAGCUUUCAUAUCAUGAUUAUAAUUAUCCAAAUGUACGGUAAUAUGGUUUGAUUACAUUUGUACAUAAUCAUUUUUUAGCAGAUACAUUAAUACAUAUUUUAACCAAGAGAACAUAUUACACUUAAUUCAAUUUAAUCACAGGUCAUGUGCGCUGUUGAAAGCUAUGACCCGUUAGUGUCUUUUGAGACUUUAGAUUGGAUCUUUAGAAACUUGGCUGGGCACGUAUGUGAAAACACAUCCUCCUGUUGAGCCAAUGUCCCAUCCAUUUAAUCACUCUUCUUUUUUUUGUCAGCUCUGACAAUCUACUUCGCAGUGUUGAGCGUUGUAGGUAUGUUUGGCUGUUGAAUGCUCCCUGUUUUGCUUUUUGGCCUUUUCAUUUCUGACCUAUUCUCAUGUCCUGGUAUCCAUUGUAAGCUGAGCUGACCGCAUAGGUUUUAAAGAAUUUUUUUUUAUUGUUCUACUUAAAGCACUGAUUAUGUUUAGUAUUAAUAUCGAAUGCUGCUGUUGCAGUCAGUUUUAAUCCUCUCGAGAUUAAAUGGACUGUCUGGCCUUGCACUUUUCCCUGAAAGUCCUUAACAGUCUUGCUGCUGCCCAAAAUUGUAAUCUAAAAAUGAUGAUACUACCACACAUCCAGAGGCGUAGCUGAGACUGAGCCACGAUUUUUCCCACCCCAUUCUCCCGCGUAAACGGAAAAACCUGAAAAAACAAAGAUAUAUAUUUCCAACCUUUCUAUUAAAGGGUAAUGGAAGCGUUGCACACCAGUGUUGGAUUUAUUACAAUAUAUAUAUUUUUUUUUUAAAUUAAUUUUUUCAACAUAACCAUUCUUUGACCAUUUCACACUUCUGAAAUAAUAUCAAGCCAUGACUAAACAAAAAGUGAAAAUGACGUAUCCGCAGUGCUGUCCGGGGGGAAUCGAUCGAGUAGUGACACUGAUUGCACCCAUUGUUUAUAUUAGGAUUAACGCAGAAUGUCCGAAGAAGUUAGCGCAGCGUAGUAAAAAAAAACAACAACAACAACUUAAGUCAUAUUAAUUUCUGUUGUGGAGAAGUAAUUUUAAAUUUCUAGCAAAAUUUAUAGAUUUGCUUUCCUUUAAGCCGAAAUCGCCAAAAAAACUUUCUUAUUUCGUAAGUCUAUUCUGGCUUGUAAUGAAAAACUUUUAUUGCAAAUUUUAACGGGAGUUAGCCACAUGUGUUUUAACGUCAAGAAUUAUCGAGCAUGUCCUCUUUUAAAAGUUAAGUGCGUCCCCUCGAGACUCUUUUAAACAUUUAUGCCUAAAAAGUUAACAUAAAAUUAACAGUCAAAUUUAAGUGGCUAUAUUUCAUUGUUGUUUUCCAUUGGCCCUUUUUGAUGAGGAAGUUUCUGAGCCUCUAUUUUUUAAAUGUCCUGUCUUUAUAUUUCAAGGUUCCACAUACCUUCCUACAAUAUUUCCCAAAUGAUAUAUGAACAUUUAACUUUAAAUUUUGCGAUAUUUCUGCUAUAAAAUAUUAGAAUUCACACUUUUUUUAAAAUUUACUUCUAAACAUUUAGCUUGUUAAUCAUACGUUGUGGUUAAAUUAUUAAAUUUUGAUGAAAAUCUGAGAAUAUAUUUAUUUAUUUAUUUAUUUAGGCAUUUUUAUAUAGCGCUUAUCAUAAAGCUCUAAGCGCUUUACAAUUAUUAAAACAUGUAAACUAAGUAAAUACAAAUGAGACACUAGGAUAGUAACUACUAUUCUAUAGAAACAAUGAAAAUGGCUAUAAAACGAGGACACUUUGACACUUCAGGAUCAACCCGAAACAGAAAAUGAGGUAGGGCAAGGAGGGUGCAUCACAGGUCAUAGGCGGACCUAAACAGAUGAGUUUUAAGGGACUUUUUGAAAAUGGACGAGGUUUCACUAUGACGUAUAUGGAAGGGGAGCUGGUUCCAGAACGUGGGCCCAUGGAAGCAUAUCCCUAGCAUAUUGAUUGAGGCUGUUUAUGUAAUGGUUAAUUCUUUCUAAAAUAUUUCAGAUGGCACACUUGGAAUUUCAGCUCACUGAAAAGUACAUUAUUGGGGGGUCAAUUUUUUGCUGUAAUUCAUUAAAUUUUUUCUCGUGACAAGGUUUUCAAUAGGUCACACUUUGUAUUAAUAGGUAUGCUAAAUAUUUGACCAUUGUAAAACACUCUCUGCCCAUCGCACGCACGAUCUUCGCCCGAGUCAUUCUAUUAUUAUUGUUCGUCCGUCGAAGUUCGACGAUGACCAUCCAGUCGUCCGGUGACUGACGACUUGCGUGGGUGACUUUUGUUUAAAGUGAGGAAGAGUUGCGCGGAUUCAACCUCUCUCUGUCCUAAACUCUCUCCGAGCCCUCCUAAACCGCACAAAUCCACAUCUGGAGCUAGGUCUCCUACCAGAAAGUCAAUGCGGUUUCUGUAAAGAACGCAGGACUUUCAAUGCAAUGUUUGCUGUUAAACAUCUCCAAGAGAAAUGCAAGAAGCAAAAUACGGACCUGUAUUACACAUUCAUUCACCUGAAUAAGGCUUUUAACACGGUAAGCAAAGAUGGCCAGUGGAAAAUCAUAAAAGAGAAUGGAUGCCCAGACAAGUGCACCAACAUCAUCCGUCAGCUGCGUGAUAUCAGGAUGGCCCGAGUUAAGGACAACGGUCAGUCUUCUCACGCAUCCCUUGUUACAAACGUUGAAAAUCAAAGCUGUUUCCUGGCAGCAUGUAUUCUGCAAUGCUCUCUGAUGCGUUCAAGGACUCCCCCACGGGCUGGCCAAACCUAUUCCGCAUUGGGGAAUCAGUCUUCAACCUUAGGAGGCUUCAAGCAAAGACCAAGGUCAAAAAUAACAAAAUCAAUGAGCUUCUGUUUCCGGAAGACUGUGCCCUCAUCGCCGCCUCAGAUGACGACAUGCAACACAGCGUUGAUAUCUUUGCUGGGGCCUGUAACAACUUUGGCUUCACAAUCAGUGCAAAGAAAACUGAAGGGAUGUAUCAGCCAGCUCCCAGAAGGCCCUACGUUGAACCCAACAUCACCAACAGACAGCGUCUAAACCCGGUGAACAAAUUAACCUAUUUGGGAAACGUCCUGUCAUGAUCUGUCAUCAUGGAUGACCAAUUAAAUGCCAGACUUGCUAAAGUGAGUGCAAUAUUUGGCAGACUCCGCAGCACUGUUUGGGACAGGAGAGGCAUCAGACUGGGAAAGAAGAUCAAGGUAUAUAGCGCAGCAGUCCUCUCAAAAUCGCAAUUCCGAUGUAAAACUUGGACAGAUUAUCAGUGUCACGAAAAUAAACUAAACCACUUUCACACAACCUGACUAAGGAAACACCUCGGCAAUACAAAGUGCCUUUUCAUGGAGUACCUUCCUAGAGCGAACCUAACACAGCUAUUCUUCGGGAACUCACGUUAGGCAAGCGCUCAAAAGGAGGUCAAAGCAAUACAAAGACACCUUGAAAGCAUCACUGAAGUCCUUCAACGUCAACAAUAUUGAAUUGUUGCAGAAAGCCCAGAAAAGAGCCAAGUAGGGAUCAGCUUUCAAGAAGGGGCUCCAAGCUCAUGAAGCCAGGAGGAUAAUGACGGCCGAGAGACACAGACUGGCCUGAAAAAGCAGCCUCAUCCCACGGACUUCCGAAGCUAUCCCCCCUGCCUGCUCAGAUACUUUUUCGAGAACGAAUACUACUGAAUAACCACCUAGGCAGACUAGAUUGUCCUUGUCAAUUUGACGGACGAACGAACAACAACAACAAAAUUCCAGUGCUGUGUUUUGACUUCGAUGAAUCACAAAACAAAAUGAGAAUGGCCCAAACAACGUUUGAAUGAAAAGAGAACAAAUAAAUCAUUUUAACCAAUCCAAAUAAUGACAAAAACUUAAUAUGGUUUUGUAAUGACAAUGUUUUUAUUUUUAUUAUUUUCCCUCCUCUUAAUUUUCUAUGCAUGAUCAUUCAGACGUCCCAUGCUGCCCGGAAAGGUUGAUGCAUUUUGGUCUCCAAACUUUCAAUGCCAACUACAGCCCGGUGUUUUCCUACCGAGAUGCGGGUGAUACAGCAUUGUUGACCUACACGGUAACUGUGCCAGACGCUCAGAGACACGUGCUUAUUAAUGGGAUACGGGUGGAUUCUAACAUACAAGUUCUAACUUUAUGUGAAGUGCAGGCGUUUGGGGGUAAGAAUUAAUACAAGAUGAUUAAUUUAAAACAAAUUUUAAUCAAUGCUAAGGCUUAAAAUAUUCAAUGAUAUAAAUAAAACGAAGUUAUUUUGCCUAUCUUUUGUCUUUAUGAAUAAAUUUCAACAUGCUUACUCAUCUUUAAACUAACACAAACGUGCUAAUGUAUAAAGUGGGUAUAUGAAUCAUGUUUUUAAAGUUGGGGGACUUUGCCCUUUUAAAAUGAAAUACAGCACAAGACAUAUACUAUUUAUAAAUACAAAAAAUACGCCUUCCAUCUUUGUGUACAUAAUGUUUAAACAUAAUAUUUAUUGUAAUGAAAUAUUGGGAAAAAUAAUAUCACCCCUUUUCACAUCGAACAUGAUUCUCAAUGAUAUUUUCUUUCUAGGCAGAGCUUCGUCAUCAUUUUUGGCUUUUAUGCUAAUGACAGCUUUAAUGCUUGAAUUUUUCAUGAUAUUACUGGAAUGUCCCUUCUAUAAUAAAGGGGAAACUACUCUAGAAAAUCACAAAAAACACAACUUUCUAAACAUUAGUAUUUAAUAAGCAAAGUCAACCCUUGAGUCAAAGUCCUCACAUUUUACAGAUAUCUCCAUGUGAUCUUCACUAUUUUGCUUCUUAACAAUAAAAAAAAAGGAGUUAAAGAGACAAUCUUCGUCUAUUUUUUACCAGAGAAAUAUUGAUCAAAUCUAUUAUUUUUCAAAGGCGUAAAAAUAACUGUGACUUUUAACAACGGAACAUAAAAAUGGCUGCUUUAGCCACUAUCUAAAAUGGCACCACAUUAUUUUCUUAUUUCUAGAAUGUGCUCCUGGAACAUGGGGUCUUGAAUGCAAGAAUAAAUGUAACCCGAGUUGUGGCACAUCCUGUGAUGUUGAGAAUGGCUUAUGUCAAAGUUGCAUUGGAUUCAGUAGCCCACCAACAUGCGAUAUAGGUAAUUUUAGAAGCAAAAUUGCCUUUAAAGAUGUCCGGUAAUUAAAACAAAUUCUUAUUCAGGAAAUAUACAUAUUAUAUAUAAUAUAUAUAUAUAAGAUAUAUAUAUAUAUAUUAAUGUUAUAUGUUGAAAGUAUGAUUUAAAAAUCCACUUAUUAUAAUUAUUGAUCUGAUGCACUGUACACAUUUAUGUUUUGAAUAUUAAAAUUUACCUUUACAGAAAGUUUUAAUAGGGGGAUUAUUAAAUUUCAUAACAUCUAUGUGCAUGUAAAUUUAAAGUCACGCUAAUGUCUUUGCGUAGAGAAAGUUCUAAUCGAAAACAUAAGAUGUACUAUUGUGCUAGUGGGUUUAGAAAAAAACUUCUCCAAGGAAGUGAAAAGGUAUGAUGUGAUUAAUGACUACAUCACAUUCAAUUUAGUAUUAUAACAAAGAAGUCAACUCAAAACAAAUAAUUUUAAAUCAUUCAAGUCAAGAUUAAAACAAAUUAUUUUUAAAUGAAAAAAGCGAUAAUAAAACGAUUAUAUCAACCAGAUCUUUCAGAAAUUUAAAUUAAAGCCGACACAUAUUGGCCGAGGGCAAUAAUCCCUCGUAACUUCGUAACUGUUAUGCAGUAAGAGAGCAAGCUUAAUAUAAGCAUUAAAUCAGUUUCUCAACUUGUGAGCAGCCUUACUUUCCAGGUGAUAUGGAUCUGAAUGCGCUUUCGAAAGGGAAUACAGAAAUACAAAGACGUUUUAUUUAGUGUUUUAAUCAAGAUACCAACGGGUUUAAAUAAAAGAAUUGAUAUUACCAUCGAAUAAACAAACUUACCUACAAAAAAUUAGAGGGUUAACAAUUUCGCUGGAUGAUCUAAUCAAGACCCAAAGGAGAACAAUAAUGAAAGAAAAGAAAAAAAGUUCAACAAAAUCUAUAAACUUUUUUUUUUUAAUUUUUUUUUCAGAAUGUGAAUCAAACCAAUGGGGUAUAAACUGCCAUCAAAAUUGCAGCACACAAUGUUAUGUCCAAUCGUGUAACAGUCGGACUGGGGUAUGUGAUAAAGGAUGUAAUGGAUAUAAUGACCCACCAUUUUGUACAGUUCGUAAGUAUUAAUGUUUAUUUAAAAAAUAAAUAUAUUUAUAUAAUACAUGCAAGUAAUAGUUCGGCCAACUUCAAAGAUGUUGCUUUUUUUUCGUGUAAGGGAUUGCAAAUUUCUUUUAAUAUCCAAGGUGACAUUGACUUUAGCUACCCCACUGAUGUUAACUUGAAAUAAUUGAGAUAACAUUAAGUACAAUUCUUCGAAUUGAUCGGAAUGAAAGAAAAUGUUCAUGAAUACAUUGUUAGUAUUCAUUUACAUGAGAUAGAUACAUAUUCUUACCCAGACAACAUUUUAAAUCUAUUGCAAAUUUUUACCAACUGGUAUCUUACCAAGGCUCGUGAACUUCGUUUGUCUAGGGGUUACAGUAGCUGAGCAAUCCAUUGUUUCUUAAAAUAAAGUAGCUUUAUUAACACAACCAAACGACUUUGUCAACUGCUUCCAUUACUCAAUCACAACACGCUUCACAAUAACACGCCAUCUCCCUUUACCCAAAAUACGUUACAAAAUAAUAAGCAUUUCUUUGCUACGUCAACCCAAAUACUCUCCAAACAGCACACAAUGACAACAAAGAUACAAGUCCUUAACACCUAUUAAACACGAGACACCUAAGGUGUUUCUCGAGCGCAAAAAUCAGCCGUCAUAUGCGAUAAAACUCUUCUCGCUUCACUGCCAGUUAUUUUGGGGCUUAAAUCAUCAUUAUUUUAUGUUAUUUAUUUCUUUAUUUUUGGUUUACAAUGCAUUUUACUUUCAGUAGUUCUUCAAGUCAAGUUAUGUUUAUGUAAUGUUACUUGAUUUUAUUUAAAAAUCAGUAAAAUUGGUGUUUGAGUGUAAACGAGCAAAUAAUACUGAAUUCCUAUAGUCCUUCGUAAUUGAUGUAGUGUAGAAUAUGUUAAUAAUUUGUUAGUUUAGCAAAAACAAAAAUUAGUCAUAGGUUGAUUGGUUAAAGGGAAUUACGGUGUUGUCAUGCCCCGUUACCUUAAUAUUUAUGACGACGCCUAGAACUUAUAUCCCUCUACUUGCUCAAUAAAAUUGUUUUUUUCCCCUCGAGGGAGCUUGAACUAGAUUUGGGGGGAUUACACCUCCGAAAACAGACACCUAUUUGUAUGCUUUUAGAGACAAUGACCUGAAGAAAAUCUUAUCACAAAAAAACGAAUAAAGCUUGUAAGUAGAUUGUGGUAUAAAUGUUCCCCUUCCGAUUUAUAAUAUUAUGCGAACGAUUGCAGGAUCGUCUGCAAAUUUAGUAAAUGGAGAUUUGACGCUUGUGCUCUCGUCAUAACUGGUAUUCAUCGUUUACCGGUCAGGGGAGAUAACACAACAUUUUGGCGCUCCCUGUGUGGCAGGCCGGAGUUUACCCUCGUCCAGAUUAUCAAUUACUAUGACUUUCAUAUUUGUGACUGAAUCUUUUAAAGGGUUAAUUUUACAACAAUUUUGUUGGUAGUUAUACGAUCUAAAUCAUCUAACGUUCUCCCUUAACUUACCUUACGAAGCUGACAACAACCCCCCCCCACGCCCCCAAUAAAAUGUCAAACUGUUAUAUUUUCCAUUUGUUAAAUAUUGUACACUUCUAAUAUCCGGGGGGAGGGGGGGGGGGCAAGGUAUAACCUGGCCCAGCAUCAGUGGCAAUUCUCAAAGAGUGGCUUAACGGCUCGGCGGUGGGUAAAACGGCAUGAAAGUUCAAGCGGAGAGAUUGACCCCUGGUGGAAACUAAAGUGGCACGAAGUGAACUAAGCCUCAAUACGCAGAUGCGAACAAGGAAUUGUCGGAAGCGAAGUUACCUACAUAGACUCGACUCACGUAGGGAUUCUAACUGCCGACUGUAAAUCCUGGACUCUGAAACAGUAGAACACGAAAGAGGCUGAAUCCUCCAAUGCUGAAGGAGUGUUUUUCACAGGGUAAAACCUCAAACCUGUGUUAAUAUAGUUGAAUGUAUGACGAUGCCCGCCUGACGCUCAUUGUCUGUGAUGUGCUAGCCAAGGUUGUAAGAGGCUGGGCUCCACCUUAUAAGAGAUCGAAUCAUAUUUAGUGGCGUAGAAGGGGGAUGUUUUGAUGGGGUGGUUCGCCCAGGUUGGUGCAUUUUUUUUUCUUUUGAUAUGGAGUGGUGGCUUUUUCUAAGAACUUUAAAUUUUGUUGUUUUUUCUUCGUGGAAGUGGGCGGCCAAAGAGACGGUCCGUUACCACUUGAUCGCACACCGGACUUGCUGAAAAGGACAAUUUAUUUUGAACGCUAUUUAAAAUAAAUGUUUAAAUUAGUUUAUUAGAUAAUGUUUUUGAUUUCUAAGCUCAGCAAUAUUCAAUUAUAACAAUCUUCAUUGUUUUUAACAUGUUUAAAAACACUCAUUAGCAUGUCCUCGAACGACAUGGGGCCUCAACUGCAUGGGUAGCUGCAGCAACUGCAUAGAAAUGUCUUGUGACAAACAAUCCGGAAAGUGUGAUAAGGGAUGCGAUGGAUACAGUAACCCACCGAUCUGCAACACUGGUAAGGGUAAGAUAGUGGUAUUUAUGUAAAAUUUUUAGGAAUAGCUAUUUCAUGUUCUUGAUUAAUGUCCAUAAGGAUUCCUGAAAUAAGACAUGAUAUACAACAUUUUAUUAUGUUAACUUAUGAAGUGAAAUGCAAUUUCUGUAGUCACAGAGUCCAAUUUUGAAAUAUUUUUAUGUUGAUACAUAAUAUAUAAAUUAUGUUGUAAAGUUGAUUUUUAAAAAAAUGAAAUUAUAAAACAUGGUAUGUGAUGGCUUGAAUCAAAAGAUAGGAGAAUAAUAUUUGAACGUAUUGGCGUAGAGCCAUCUUUUGGGAACAGGACAAAUAGGAGUACGACAAGUAACAGAGCACUUGUCAUUCUUCUAUUUGUCCUGUUCACUGAAAAGGCCACAAAGUUCAUAUCUUAUUCUCCUGUCUUUUGAUUCAAGCAUCAAAAUUCCCUGCUUUACUAUUUCAUUCACACAGCUUAAAUGAAGUCCUUAAAUAAUUAUCUUGUUUUAUUUAAUGACAAAAGAACUUUACAAAAAAACAAACAACUAACAAAUCCAAUUUUUUUGCAGGUAUUGAUGUUAUUUCUAUAACAUUUUCCUUUCGAGUCAAUUGGAAAACUCUCACUGACUCAUACUAUCCUUUGCUUUGUCAUCUCUACUCUGUAAAUAUUUAUCUUAUUCACCAUCAUUUGCACUUUUAUUUCUCCUUUGAAUUUCAACUUAAUUUUUCUUUAUCAUUAUAGUUUAUGCAGUGUAACAAGCGAAAGAAUGGUCAUAAAUGAAAAAAAAAAAGUAUUUUAUGGGCAACUCAUGUGAAUACUAAAAUUUUAAGCAUCUAUGGUACAACUGGUGGUGCUCUGGAAUGGAAGAAUUAUUCCUUGAUGCUUAUGGGGAUGAAAAGGUUGAUCGACUUCCGGUUAUUGCUCCAGGUGUUGAUAUACAUCAGCUUCUUUGUGUUUCCCAGCUGCAAUGCAAUACAGUAAGGCCACACAAAUCAGCUGUUUCACGUUUAUUGAAAGAGUAGGGGAUCUAAGAUAAAUUAAAGGCUACAUUCUUUGACACUACUUCAAAUGAAAAGGGACAUAUAAAUAUGAAUACUUUUAUAACCGACAUUUGAAAGAGGAUCUUAAUUACUUGGCUUUCAACCACCACAUCUUAGCAGUUGUCCUGGCAGGUGUUUUCUUUUAGAGUUUGCGAAUUGCACCAUCUGGUCCUGACGUUCUCAUCUACAAGGUUCUUCAAGUAAUCAAGGAGUAGCUUUGAUAGAUCUUCUUGCGAAACUGGUGACUUGUAAUGAAAUAGUUAUCGGCAUUUUAAAAAAAAAUGACUAUGGAAUUCUCAUAGGAUUUGCAAUUUGGCAAGUUAGCUAUUACAUGUCAAAAAGAAUCUAACUCAUGAAAAGUGAGUCUUAUGACCUCUUGACCUCUUGGACGGCCUUUGCCUCAAGAUGUCAGAAAUUUCAUACUCUUUGAAAGUAUGAAUGUUCCGUAGGCAAUUCAUUGAAAUCAAUUUCUUUCUCUAGAAUGCACAUCAGGGUUGUGGGGUAGAGAUUGCAGAUAUUCCUGCAGCAGCCAUUGUAGUAACACAUCAUGCGACAGACACAGUGGAAUCUGUGAUGAAGGUUGUAAUGGAUAUGACAACUUUCCUGACUGCAAUCAAAGUAAGGAGAGAUUUUAGAAGAAAUUAAAAAGUUUAAAAUAUCUCUUACACUUAAAAAAAAAAUUCUUUGUAUUUUUACUUCUAUUUUGUUAAAUUGCUUUGUAUUUCUCAUUUUAAAAUUAUUUUUUUACUUUUAUAUAUUUUUCUCUAUCUUUACAAUUUCAUUUUUGCAUUGAUGGAUCCCAUACUUAAAAGUUUGAAAUGAAAUGAAGCAUUGAGAUACUUCGGUCAUUUAGUCAAUUUAACUUUUUUUUUUUUUUUGCAAUCUAAAAUAACUUUUUAGUUAAUUGACAUUUAUUUGUAUCAUUUUUUUAAAAAAGUAUUUUUACUUAAAAGUUUGAAAUGAAAUGAAGCAUUGAGAUACUUCGGUCAUUUAGUCAAUUUAACUUUUUUUUUUUUUUUUGCAAUCUAAAAUAACUUUUUAGUUAAUAGACAUUUAUUUGUAUCAUUAUUUUAAAAAAGUAGUUAUACGAAAUGCACCCAUUCCAAUGACAUUAAAGUAGAAAAGAAAAUGUGAAGCAUUUGAAUCACCAGCUACGAAAAUAAAAACGAAUUAAAUUCUCCAUUUUCAUAACCAUCAAAAACAAAAAUAACUUGCUCUAUUUAUAGUAUACCUAAGUCUCGGUUAUUUUAAUUUUAAAAAAUGUACAUAUUAUAAUUCGAGCUGUUUAACCCAUUUCGAUCCAUUUCUUUAAGUUGAAUAAAAAAUAAGCAAAAAAUAAAAUGUACUUUUCAGAAUGUCUUCCAGGAAAGUGGGGGGCCAACUGCACCAAUCGGUGUAACAAUUGUGUCAACAGGUCAUGUGACCAUGUCAGUGGUAAAUGCAGUGCGGCUUGUGAGGUUGGAUACAUUAAUUUUCCGGACUGUAGCCCAGGUAGAUGAAAAAAGUAAAAGCAUAGAAAACGUAUGUUUAAUUUACAAAGGUCUUUUAGAGUUUGACAGACUCCAUCGCGCACUCGACACUUUCUGAACUCUUUUGUACUUUUUCGUGUGUCUGUUUUCUUAUGCCAUUUUGUGGUUAUGAAAACUGUGUGUGUCCAUCGAGCUCUUAGACAAUUGUCCCAUCAUUUGAUGCCAAUAAAAUUCUUAUGUAGAUCUCAUUCUAAGACCUUUUGUUAAACAAAAUUAGAAAAAGUAUUAGUUUAUCUUUCAAAGAUGCAAAUCUCUAUUUUUAGAUAAAAAAAGUGACCCUAGCAAUUAAUAGCUUCCCUCCCACUGCAACGUCUUAUAUGAUUGUGUAUGUUGUUGACCACACAAGUUUUUUAGUUACAUAUCAUUUAUAACUGUAUAUAUGCAUCUAGCGUUGUAUUGGUGGUGAUUAAGUGCUUUCUGAUAUUUACUACGAUAAUUUCUGAAAGCAUGAGUCAAAUUCGAUAUGGUGACAUGACUAUAUUUUAUUCACACACUACCUUUUACAAAUAUGAGAAAUAAAACUGCAGGUUGGAGCAAACAUAAUUUUCAUCAUUUAUUAACUUCACGUAUUAUGAUAAUCUACUUGGAUUGUGAGAUACUUAUUACGAUAUUAUAAGAUGUACUUAUAUCAAGGCAAGUGCCUCACUUUCGUAACUGCAGUAUCUUGAAAAAAAAAAGAACAAUCACUCCCUCGUACCUCUGCGCACGACAUUUCAAUAUAAAAACGUAUGUUCAUACCAAACUACGUAACAAUUUCUAAUUGUGAUAUUUGAGUUUCCAGUUAUAUGCAUUAUUUUUUUACAUUAAUCUAGGCUGUUUAGUUUUUCUACGGUACGUUGUUCCAUCUCCAUAACAGUUUACAAUUAAAAAACUAAGGAAAUUCAAAUAUUUACUGGGCGCCUUAGGCGCCCCUUCGGCCAGGGAGUGUUGUGCGAGGGCACAUGUCGAACACCCUAAAGGCCGACGUUGCACAUUAGAAAUUAUUUCAUUUAGACAUAUAUCUUAGGUUUAUUCUAGAGCCUAGUAUUUGGCCAUUUUCGAAAAUUAGUUUACAAUUUUAGGAGAAAUUAAAUAUGCUUUCCAUUUGAUACAUUUUUACUAAUAAACGUCAUGAAAAAGAUUUCUAGUUAUAUUAAAAGCACAUGGCAACUUCUCAAAACCAGAAAUAACAAAAAAUAAUUUUAAAAAAUAAAGUCUGAAAUGAUGAUGUAAAACAAAUUUAUAAAAAAAAUAUUUUUUUUUACUAAGCUCCUUCUCAGGUACAGGAAAAUCCAUUACUAAAUACAGUUAUCGGCCUUGGCAUUGCACUUGGAGUUGCCUGCGCCUUUAGUAUCGUCCUUCUAGUCUUGAUGUUUGCACGCAAAAGAAAGGGGACCUUGAUUGAGACGAAACGUGACCCACCGAACUAUGACACCGCGACAAGUGGGAAAGAAUACUUUCGUCAGUACGAAACUGCUGUUACCAAGGGUAACAUUAUGUUUUCUUUACGGCGCAGCUCAGUUUAAAAUAGAUUGCCUUUUUCCACAGUGGUGUGGUGCAACAGUUGCUUUUAGUAAAUGAAUCUUUCAUAGCAUACACUAAUUUAAAAAAAAAUAAUAAUUUAGGCCGAUACGUAAAAAUAUAAUUCAAAUUUGAGUUAAUUCAAAUAAAUCAUUGUACACAAAUUAGCAAAUUUUAAAUAAUCAAUUUUAUAAUUUUUAAUACUGAUAUUUAUUUUUUUAAAAAAACAACAAAAGAAGAACGCAUUUCGGGCGUCUUGAUUCAUUGAAUGAAUGCAAAAAACAUUUUUCAACUUGGGUUUCACUUCACAUGUUAGUUUCUUUGUCGGUGUAUUCAUGCAUCACUAAUCAUAGAAUAUAAUCUCUAUAAAUGAAAUGACGAAACGGUAUCAUCAUGUCCGUUCUGAAUACUUGUCAUGUUUAAUUUCAGAUCCAUAUCAAAAUGCGUGUACCAGCUAUGAAAAAACAAGGGAACAAAGAACUUUGGAGAAAUCCAAUGCUCAGCCUUACAAAGUCUAUGAGGAAGACACGAAUGCAAUGAAUGAGUACGAGUCUAUCGGCUUGAAUAAAUUUUGAUCGACCGGGUCGUGAUCAAAUACAGGAUUGCCAUAGGCGAACAAGAAAUAAUACAAUUUCAAUCUACAUAC